AAAUUUCCGCGGGGGAGGUGCCACUAGCAAGUCUCGAGAUCCAGUCCCCUUUUUUCACCCAUUCCGCUCGGGAAAAUUUUUAAAGGAUAUUCGGGUCACUAAGCAAGAAAGGCUGGCAAGUUUGAAAUGUCAGGAUCGCUUUAAGAGCGCCAGGAAAUGUAGAGAUUUUACAGCAAAACGCUGUAGUGUAUGAUUUGAGGUCGGCUGCAAAAUUUGUCAACAUUACUGUGAGUUGUUGGUGCCAUAUGGUAGUGUGUGUCUUGCAGAGUGACCCGCUAUGGAGGACGUCCUAACGCAGAUCGCUAGAGACGCCUCAAGUGCCAAACACAAGGCGGUCCGAGACGCCUGCGUGGCAGCCACCGGUUUACUUGAAAAUGAGGAACAAACCAAAUCACAUGAACCAUUCCAACUCAGAGAAAAGGUCCUUGAGGCCUUACGACUGGCAAUGGAGACUAAGAACAGUAAGCUGGGACAACAGGCAGUCGGAGGCAUACAGAAAAUGCUUGUUGACGAGCGGUUCCACUCUCUCGGUGAGGAGACCAGAGAACAACAGAUGCCGUACCAGAUCCUGGACACACUGAAGGUGGCGCCCAACUGUAGCGAUGAUGUUCAGAUGGAGAUUAUGAAGUUGUUCCUGAGUAUGACAUGUUCUCCUAACUGCUGUAACACUGCAGACUCCAUCCUUAUUAUAGCUGAGCAUUGCUUUGUGGCCCAUCUGGGUGGGAACAGACAGUUGAGUACCAUGGCCAAGUCUGUGGUCAUUCAAACACUCAGUUUCCUCUGCCACCGCGUACUGACCGACAGUCACAAGUCUAUUUACAAGAUUGCUUUCUCCAAGAUUUCAGUAGACACUUUCAAGUCCAAAGAAGCUAGCAUAAAGACAGCUGUAACAGCUACAGUCAGCCAGAUACUGUGUCAGGUGGCAGAACAGCUGCGGGAGGCUCAGAUCCAGAGUUUGGCUGAUGAUACUAAUGAUGCUAUUGCUGAAUUUAGCUCCAAAGAUACCAAAGGAAAGGCAGAGUCCCUUCUAGGGGAUGUGAUGAAGAUACUGAAGUACUUUUGUGAGAAAAUAUCAGGGUGUUGCAGUGUGUCCAGUCAGCAGCCCAGCCCCCUGCUGCCCCUGUACCUGGAGUGUGUGCAUUCCAUGUUCACCAGCUCCUCCCCACAUCUACAGUACAACCAGGACUUCCUCGACCUCGUCUGGCAGCAGCUGUGUCCAUCCCUGAUCUUCCUGCUGGGCAGUCCAGUGACGGACAAGUCUGUCAUGGCCACCAGUAUGGACGACAGGUUUGUGGCCGACCACGGCAGGGGGUCAGGUACAUCAGCAGCAGCCCCCUCUGUGAUUGGCCCAGCAGCACGUACAAUCUACGGGAUCGCUGCAGAGCUGCUGCGGUUGGUUGGCAGUGUGGAGUCCCUCCGCCCAGUGUUGCAGUCCCUCUGGCACAAGAUCCUCCUGUACCCCCCACCUCAGCACAGGCUAGAGGCUCUCAAGGCUAUCAAAGAGGUUUUAUCAGUACCAGAGAGAGUGAUAGACAUUGCUGGCCCCUCCACCUCAGAUGUUAGCACUACUAAACAACAAGCGCAACCUACCAAGAAGAGAAAGGCAGACACAGAUCUACUCAAACUGCUGGUAGAUGGCAUUGCUGAAGCUUCUCAUUCCUCCAACUCGGAUGUCUGCUACACCAGUGUGAGCUGCAUCGCCGGGCUGCUCCGCUCCGUGGAGCAGAUUAGCCAGGGGCACGCCAUGACAGAGACACAGAUAGAGGACAUCAACAGGCAGAUGGAGGAGGCUGAGGAGGAACAGGGGAGGGGGGUCACCGAGGGAGACGGGGGAUUGGUCAAUGGGGAUGUGGAAGUGGAGGAGUCAAAGGUCAAAGGUGAGGAAGAGGGGUCAACGGUUGAAACACCUGCUACAGAAAAUGGUAAAGAAAAGGAACCUCAAAAUGAAGAAAGUGUGUCAGAAGAGGGGUCAAAGUUGGAUGAAGAAAAUAAAGACAGAACAGAAGAGCAGAAACCUGAAGAAGAUGUGAGUGGAGUUCAAGAGAAAGACGGAAAUGAAGAAGCCAAAGUUGGUUCUGAAGAUGUGCAGGAGGUUGUAGAAAAGAAAGAAGACCAAGACCAGAAAGGAGAGGAAAAACAGGAAGGAAGGGAACCUGGGGAUGGCGCCAGUGGAGAGGAUGAUGGGAAGGCAGACCAAUCCACUUCAGAGAAAGAGGGGGAGGCAGAGGGACAACCACAAAGCACAACAGCUGCUCAGGAAGAGGAAGGGAAAGAAAUAAAUGCCCCCAUUCAGACGCCAAAACCUCCACCAAGUUUGGAGAUGGAACGCCAGGUGGCACUGCAGAGAGCUGAGAUGGAGCGCAUUGCUCAGCAGAACAAGGAGCUGGAGAGGCAGGGUGCCCGUGACUUUGUAGACUGUCUGAUCGGAGUUCUUCCCUCCAUCCUGCCAGUCAUAGAGCCGGAAGGAGUGGACGACGCCUUGCAGACAUUUGCCUCACGGUUUUGUGCAGGAGUGAUGGAGAAACACAAGCAGGGCCAGGGUUCCCCCAACCUGCCUGUUCUGAAUGCUGACGGGGUCUACGUCGCCACCUUCUCUGCACUGCUGCUGAACCUAAAACUGGUCAGGAUGGGGCACUACAACGGACAGGACUGUAGACUGCCCAUGACACAGAAACAGUUUAUUGAGGAUGUCCAUGACAGCGGAGUGCUGGUGUACCUGUCCUCCACCUGGCUGGGAGAGCUGUACAAGAUGAUCGUCACAGUCAACAUCCUGGGAGCAGCCGGCUACCUGCCUGUCUCCCCACAGUGUAACCAGGCUCUCAUAACCAUGUUAACAGACAUUGAUGGUAUGGGAAACAGACACAUCGGAGGACAGAUGGUGCAUGAUGCCACUGUCAGCCAUGUUCUUCCUGUCCAAAAGGAUGCUGGGAAUGAAGCAGCAGUUGCUGCAGGUCAGAAGCUAGUCCAUAAUAUCCUGCUGACCUGUUGGGACAGCAUGGUGGACGUCAUGGCCGUCCCUCUCAGUGCCAAGAACUCGGCUGGAAUCAGCAACAUUGCCCUCAUCCUGGGGACGGAGGGAGCGAAAGAGCAGAACUUGAAGGACAGAGACGCCAUCUGUAUGAGCCUGGAUGGGCUGAGGAAGGCUGCACGACUCAGUUGCACCCUGGGUUGCUCAGAUGUUCCUGUGCCUAGUGAUGUUAGAGGUGUCCAGGAGAGGUGUGGAGCAGUGUUUGCCCAGUUAGCCAACGCCUCCUGUAUCUCCCUGGAGCCCAGUAAGCCACAGGUCUCCCCUGGGGACAAGAAGGGUCUGAAGGCUAAGAUAAACAAGCCCCAGCCACUCCGCCUGCAUGCUGCUCAUGUACUGAGCAUGGACGCUCUACUCAACACUGGGCUGGAGAUGGGCAGUCACUCUGCUGAGUGCUGGAAACAUGUCUUCAGGUGCUGUGCCUAUGUGUCCCACCUGGAACACUCCCACUUCAGCGGAGGGGACAACCAGGCCAGCCUUCCCAAGGUGCAACACCAGAAGGAGCUGCCACAGGACAUGUCAACGACCUAUGAUGACCUCUCAGGUGACCCAGAAGCCAUGUACAUCCCGGCAGCCAAUCCUGUGAUCCCGAGUAUCAACAUCCAUGAGAUGAUCACGGAGGGGAGGAAGGAGACGGGGCUGGAGAUGUCGGCUAAGGGAGGCGGCGUGCUCAGCUCCGCUAACGCAGCCAAGGCCGUGUACAGGCUGUCAGCUGAUGUGGACAGGUUAUUUGAGGAGGCGGCUACCAGCCUGAACCUGCACGCCCUGGUGGGUUUCCUGACUGAGCUGCGCCAGGUGUCAGCUGACCAGCUGUUCAGUACCACUCCUGAGGUCGUCGACCCUGGCAUGAUGCCAAAACCCACAGGAAAUGGCAGUCAGUUCGGCUCAUACCUGCACCUGAGUCACCUAGGUGAGGUCAUGCUGCGAUGUUCCCGGAGUUUCCAGCGACCGCUGCUACACAUCAUGCGAGCCUGGGGCAUCGUGGCUCCUCAUCUAGUGGAGGCUGCCUGUCAUAAGGACCGCCAUGUCUCCAAGAAGGCUGUUACAUGUAUCCAUGACAUCAUGAUUGAGCUGCUGAACAAUCGUGAAGAGAAGCCGCACUUUAACUUCAAUGAGGCGCUCUUCAAACCCUUUGAGAACCUCCUAUGUCUGGAGCUGUGUGAUAACGAUGUACAAGACCAGGUUGUGAGUUCCAUCGCGGAGUUGGUUGAAGCUUGCACCACGAGUAUCAAGUCAGGAUGGAGACCUCUGUUUGGUGCUCUUAGGGUGGUCAAGGUCUACAAACCAAAGGGAGGGGACUAUUUUAUCAGUGAGGAACGACACGAGCAGCCGACGGCGCCGGUGUUUGACGUGUUUGAGGCCUUCCUUGGUACGGAGAAUGUCCACGUGUUCGCUAACGCCGCCAUGGACUGUAUCCUCUGUCUGCUCAAGUUCAUCCGUGGACCUGGAGACCGAGACAGGGAUUCGGACUCAGAUGAUGAGGAAGAUCCUGACAGUGACUUUGAACAGAUCGAGGCCGCUCCACCGGACCAGGAGGAGACCAGGGAACGUGGGGACCUGUGCCUGCCUGCCCUGGAGUACCUGCACAGGUGUCACAAAACCCUGGCCUCCAUGUACAGCAUGCCUUCAUGUCCUGUCUUCAAGGGUGCCCAUCACAUCAACAUCAACAAUGUACUGAAGAUAGACACCAGGAGGGAAGCCGCAGAUUCAGCAGUCAGGAAGAAGUCGGCCUCAGGGUCAGGAGGGACAGACUAUGACAGUGAUGAGGAGGAGGAAGAUGAUGAUGAUGGGAGAGAGAGGACGAUGGCCAACUAUCCUGUCUUCUCUAUGGAUGACAACACAGGUGUAAUCCGGGUGUGGUUCCUGCUGCUAGAAGGGCUGACAGGCUCUGUCACCACCUGUCCUAAGACAUACCAGCCUCAGACCCUGGAGCUGCUCUUCAAACUCCUUAGAUCUGUUGCCGAGGUGCCAGGCCCCCAGUUUGCAGUGUUUGCUGUGACCCACCUCCUCCUGCCCAUGCUGCAGUCCUGGGUACGGCGCAGUCACCAUGUCCCUGACUUCUGGGACACGUCCAAGGCUAACUUCAAACACGCGUGCGGCCUGUCCACGGACCUGGUGGUGGAACACACCAACCUGUUUGCUGCUCAGGAUGAGGCCUGGGUGUCCACCGACGUGCCUGUGAUGAUACGACAGCUGCUCAAUCUACUGGUGGAGUGUAUAGGACAGCCUGUGGAGGCUAUCUCUAGACUAGGAUGUGCCUGUCUUAGACAUCUGCUGCUGAGUGCUGGCCCUUCCUUUACUGAGGAGAUGUGGUCGGUGGCGUGUGAGGGCCUGCUGCAUGCCGUCAACGCCAGUCUGAAGAGCCUGAAGCUGCUGAUGGCGUGCUUCAACGCCGGGUCACUGGAGUUCAACGGGGACGUGGGCCAGGUCAGGGUGUCGGCCAGGACGGACUGCUCCGAGAUGGAGAGUAUCAGGAUACGCAGUCUGGCUCAACAGGUGUUUUUAGUAGAGGACCAGCAGGCAUCCAGUAACCCAGACCUGGAGGACGACAACCGUUCCUACAUCUUCCUCAUCCACCCACCUGACAUGGAAGGAUCACCUGUGGGGAAGAGGAUUCCCUUCAAGAACGUGGUGGUGGGUCUGAUCUCCCAUCAGCUCCUUCUGCAGCUUCUUGGCUCCUUACUUCUGUCCGGUGUCGGCACCAGGAGCACCGCAGAAGAACACAUUCUGGUCUCCACUCCAAUGAGUCCCCCUGGUGGGACUGCCGCAAACUGCGAGUCCAAAGACUCCAACUCAAACAGCAAGCAGUCAGAACAUUUGCCGGGACUACUGGACUAUCUGUCCUCGAAAAACCUGGUCAAGAUAUUCGAGUGCCUGCUAGAGUCGUACAACACAGCGUGCGAGUUUGACGCCAGGCCGGGGUUGAAGUUCCUGUUCCAGAAGGUGGGGAAGUUGGAGGCUGCGGCAAACCUAUACAAGCAGACAGAGAAUAGCCUCACAUUCUACAUGCACGCUCUCAUCGAAAAGUGCCAACACGCGGGCUCCAGUUUCACCCCGGAGAAGGUGAAAGAAAUUCUCUACAGCAAAGAGCGGACAUCAUCUGCUUGUAGCACGGCAAGCACGGAAUCCACGCCGGGAAAGGGCCCCAGGAGGAGGAACUUCAAGCGAGCGCAGUCGUUCAUUCACCAGGAGCUGAACAUCAUGCCGGUCGAGGCUGACAGCCAGAACUGGGUUUUCCUCCGGCUGAACCGAAUGGUGGCCGAACUCUGCAGCAACUACAUCCAGAUGUUGAUCAACAAGAGUUUGGGAGAACAGGGCGCAGAUAACAUCACCGACGAACCUCAUCUCUUCCUGCUCAGCGCCGAAGCUCAAAAUCCAAAAGAGGAGAAGAAGAAGGUCCUGAUGCCCAUCCCACCAGAGAAGAAAUCAUCAAACCCCGUCGGAGAGGUCCACCAGAUCCAACCGCAGGGUCAAACGUUGGGGCAGGUCACGACAGAGGAGCAGCAAGGAGGAAGGAGGGGCUCCACCGACAGUGGUGGCAGCAGUGCAGAGGGCAAGUCUUCUGACAACAAGGACGAGGCAAGGCCCAAGGAUGAUAAGAAAGAGCGGAAGGGGAAGAUGGAGAGUAUCUACACCUUGGCCACCAACAAAACUAUCGACAAGCUGGUGGCACAGUACAAGAAGCACAAGCAGCAUCAGUCCAUGACUACUUUUGUAAAGGAGGAAAAGCAGGGAGAUAGGGCAACCUCCAGCCUCAUGAAGGGCCCUCCUCCUGUACCAACUAAGGCGCAGAACCAGCAGCAGUCACCAGAUGGCGCCGGUGAGCAGAACAGCACCAAGCAGCAGCCCCAACAGCAACCCAGGUCCCAGCAGGACAGGAAGAAGUCGGCAGUGAUGAAAGAUUCUGAUGCCCGGGUGAAGACCUGGACAGAGAUUGUUUUAUCAACUCUGCAACUUCUGCAGAAGAUGCCGGAUAAGCAGUUCUGUACGCUCCUUCCCGCCGUCUUCCCCUGCAUCAACCAGCUGGUGUGUCACGAGAUCGACCCAGGGCUACGAAACGCUGUCCGGGAUUGGCUAGAACGUAUCGGCAAGGUCUACAGCAUCAUACCAUGACACUCCUGAUUUGUGGCCACUUUCUGGAAUUCACCACAAAAAAUAUAUUCCAUCAGCAAUGGGUUGUCUUUCAGCUGCUUUGUAAUUUCAGUACAAAAAUUGAUGUUUCAACAAUUAUCAGGAAUUGUCCACAAAUCGGCGGGAGACAUUUGUUUGGUUUUGUUCUGUUGCCCGUUGUUUACUUUGUUGGUUUGUUUAUUGACUGUUUUGGCAAUUUCAGUUGUAGCUGAAAGUCACACACUCAGUAAACUAUUCGUGUUAAGUGCUGCAAAAUAUGCAGCUAAAUCUUCUUGGGGUUUUGACCAAAUAGUGGUCCAGUGCAAUCUAGCAAAAAAAUUAGUCUUUGAAUUCUGUUCAUGUUUUGAAGAGGUAUUUUUGAGGCAAUGAUAUGAUUGCUAUGUUUCUAUGCCUGAGGUUGCAAUAUUGGACAUAAGGCAAUUGCUCGCAAAAUCUUGCUGUUGUUGAACAAACUUCAAAUCUACACCUCAAAAUCAAAUUAUUUGUUCAUAUUAGACAAAAUGAGCCCAGUCUCAAUGCAACAUUUCUAUGUCAUGACACAUUCUUAAAACUGAAGAUAGAGGUUUUCAAUCAAAAAUUGUUGCCAGCAGGUAGGUAGCUUCAACAUCAGCAGAGUUGUUUGAAGGGGAAGUGCUAUGAUUGGUUAGCAUUGAUCAUAUGAUCCAAAGGCCUCAUUGUCAUUGGUCCACACGCUAAUGCAAUCAAUCAUGUCCAGGUGCAAUCGGUGUGGGGCCCUUAUCACCCAUUGUCUCUCUUGUGUUUUUUGUGGCAUCCUACCUGUGGAAAUUCUUGGCUUUAAUGAUUGUAAUAGCUGGACACCUGCUGAGAGCAAUGAAGGUAGAAUGACAUAAAACUUUAACAGUGGAA